AUGAUGAACGGUCGUCAUCUGCCGGCAGGACAAGGAAUGCCAAUUGAUAAUGGAAGAAGGAGGUCAUAUAAUCAGCACCAACAUCAGCAGCAAUAUCCUCAACAGCCAAUAUAUCCUGCAUACGUGCAAACUUACAGUCCUAGCUACUACCAUAAUUCGCUUCCCUCGCUUUAUCAAAGCUCACCUGCUCAGUAUCAAACGUUUAUUCAGUCACCUCCAAUGCAACAAUAUGUCACUCCUCAGGUCCUACAGCAACAAGUGCCAUAUCCACGACCUUAUCAAGCUCACCCCACCUCAUCGCCAUAUCAGUCAUCAAAUCGUGCACUGCAGAAUCAUUCUAACAGCCCGUCACUAAAAAUCACUCCUCCCGUUAAGGAAGAUAAAAGUAUCACAACAUUAGUGCCCAACCCUGACCAAGGAACCCCGGCCAUUCCAUUCAGAGCACCUCUACCCUGGCUCUCGAGGCCAGAAUUGGGCUGGCCUGCCAAACGAUCGCGGAAAAAGCGCAAACCCGCCCAGAUAAUCACUUCAGAAGCUGUAAAACUCUCUAUAAAUGGACAAACUCCUAGUGUAAAUGUCCCACGCCCAAUGAAAUCCAAUCAGGUUACUUCUGAAGAUACUGUAACACGACCUGAAACUCCUUCCACUACCCAUCAAGCAUCAGAAGAGAACUCUACAAAUCCGAGUACUCCAUCUUCUCUACAGCCACAAGCAGCAUCUACCGAUAAGCUUCUAACGAUAAAACCUACCAAAAAGUCAUCUUUCCGUUCUACCAUCAUUGUUCCUGCACUACCCAAAGCUCUACCUCGAGAUAAAUUCAAAGAUGGUUCAGGCAGUGAAGAAAAAGGUACAGAUAUUAAAACUGAAGUAGCAACAAAUAUUAUCAGCGUAAGAACUGAGAUUGAUCUAUCUCAAGACUUUAAGUCCUGCUCUAUUGAGGCUUCACCUGUAUCUAUAGUAAAACGGGUGGCUUCUCCAAGGUUAUGGACAGGAUUAUUUAGCUCAAAAGCACCUCUAACCUCAGAGAUCUCUGAUGAGCACAAAAGCCCGGAUAUCUCCUCUCACGUUGAACAUACCGACAGUAAAAAUCUAGCUGAAUACUUGAAAUCUUUUAAUGCGAACACGAAUGAUCCCAAAACCAAAUUCUUAGAACCUAGAGGACUAGUUAAUACUGGAAACAUGUGUUACAUGAACUCGAUAUUACAAGGACUUGUCUUCUGCUCACCCUUUUUCAAUUUUCUCGACCAAGUCAGCAAACGUACAACUUUCAGCUUCAAGAGCGAAACUCCAUUACUAGAUGCGAUGAUACUUUUUAUACAUGAAUACUCCGUCAUUGAACCUGCCACUUCCUUGGAUCAAUCACGGAUACAUUCAAAACAGGGACAGGUAGACAAAUAUGGAGAACCAUUCACUCCCGACUUCUUUUACAAUGUUAUCAAUCAACUACCUAGAUUCUCCUCCAUGAGAAAGUGCGGCCAUCAGCAAGAUGCAGAAGAAUUCUUGGGCUUUCUCUUAGAGGGUCUUCAUGACGACUGUGUGCAAGUAGCUAGAAACUAUUCAUCCGGUGCAAAUAAAUCUGAAUCAAGUCCGCAUAAUAAAACUUCUCCCCUCUCAAAGAAAAUAGAGGAAACCCACCUCCAUACUUCUGCGAGCGAAAAUGGAUGGCUUGAGGUCGGGCCCAAACAAAAGACUGCGUUUACAAGAUCGUCAGGUACCACCACUACUGACUCUCCAAUAACUAAGAUUUUUGGAGGAUAUUUGAGAUCAGAAUUACGUGUACCAGGGCUCAAAGAUUCGGUUACCAUGGAACCUUACCAACCUCUACAACUUGAUGUGGGUGCUUACAACGUCAAUAAUAUUGUCGAUGCUUUAAAGGGUCUAACUCAUCCUGAGUCUUUGCAUGGGGAUUUUAAAUCCCCCAAGGGCUGCAAUGUUACUGCUACAAAGCAGGUGUUUAUUGAUAGUCUCCCACAAGUACUAAUACUACAUUUAAAAAGGUUUCAAUACGACAAUGCUGGCGGGACUCAGAAGAUUUGGAAAAAAGUUGACUACCCCCUGGAAUUGGAGCUUCCAAAGGAGCUAUUUCCUCGGCAUAAGAGAUCAUUUUAUGAAAAAAACGGUCUGCCAAACUACAGGUUAAUCUCGGUUGUAUAUCACCAUGGAAAAAACGCCAGUGGUGGUCAUUACACGGUAGAUGUAAGGCGCCAAGACGGUCGUGAAUGGAUCAGACUCGAUGAUACGGUAAUAAAGAGAGUUAAAGGUGAAGAAGUCGUUUCAGGAGGAAGCGAAGAGGAUCUUGAGAUACUCACUACUACGUUGAAUAGUCAGAUACUAGAUAAGUCUACGCCCGCUCGAGAAGUAUCUGCAAAAACGUACUCAGAGAAAAAUACCGAAUCUGGAUGGAAGCAAGCUAAUGGACCGGGAAAAAAGUUGACCAACAAUUUUAAUGGAAACUCAAUAUCCAAAGCUAUCAAUAAUAAGUUUGCCAUCAAGGACAAUAAAGUUGCUUAUAUUCUUUUCUAUCAAAGAAUAGAAGUUGGUAGUUGA